CAAUAAUUCACUGGUAGACAGGGAGUGUACGUUGAAAAUGCUACAACAGAGGAACCUGCGGAUUUAACGCUGCUGCAGUCAGAGAAACAUCAUGGCUAAACAGAAGAAAGGACAGAAGAGUUCAAUUGAUGAUAUGUUAGGAGACCUGUUGGGAGAUGACGAUUUCCCAGUGAAGGCCAAAGCUCCGGCCCGUGAAGCAGGCAGACUAGGACCUCCUCUACCAUCACACAGUGGAAAACGCUCACUAUUGGGCGACGACGACUUCUUCAGCAAACUGGCUGAGGAAGCUGAAAAUGAGGGCUCUGAUGUUUCUGAGGCUGAUCCCACAGCCUUACUGGAGAGCAUGAAGGACAUAGAUGAUAUGGACGCUGAUCUCUUUGGAUCAAAGAAAAAGCCCAGUUCAGCCCCAGCUCAGAGUAAAGGCUCCGGCAUUGGAGGACCUACGAAAAAUCCUCUUAAAUCAGGAAACAAGUUAAAAGGAGGAGGAAUCUCAGAUGAGCCAGACAUUGAGGAGAAGAAGCCAAGUUCUGCUCCUGCAUCGACAGCACGUGGCUACAAGAGGUUCAGCUUCACUAAUGAUGAUGAUGAUGAUGUUCUUGCCCCAACAACUGACACAAAAGACUUUGAUGACCCUUUGGCUGACCUGUUAGAUGAUCUACCCAUAGAAGACAAAAAUGAGCCAAAAAUCACCAAAAAAGCUCCUCCAGAGAAAUCAGUGCUGCCCGCAGACUCCCCUAUCAUAAAGAAAAAAGAAACAGCCUCACCAGCUCAAGUUCCAAAAAAGCGGGACGAGCUUACGUUUGAUGAUGAUGAGGAUGACCUAAUGAAUGCAUUGGGAUUUGGGGAGAGUCCCAAAGUGAGCCCUAAGAAGAAUGAGACCGUGCUCAUACCAAAGAAUGAGAGCAGCAGUGAGCUCCCUCAAAGAGCACGCACCAGGCUAGAUGAGAUUCUGGGGCGUGGGACUUCCCCUCGCCUUCUGGAGCGCCCUCCAACAGGGGAGAGGAAGGACCCUCCGCAGCAGCAGGAAAAGCAGAAGCAUCAUCAGGAGACCCCCACUACUAAAGACCCCUUCCUAGAAGAAGACCUGACGUUUGGUUCCUAUCAACCUACACUGGUCACUACACCGGAGGGACGCCACUCACGCAGACAGUCGGUCAGAUUCUCCACUGAGGACAACAGUGCCUCUUCUCCUGAGAAGAAACCCAUCACCCCCACCACGCUCACCCCUACCUUUCCCCGGCCUGCUGCAGACUGGCUGGGGCUCUCGCAGGAUGAUGAGGAAGAGCCCCCACCUGUACCAGAACCCUUGAAGACCCCCUCCUCUUCGCCAGUGGGAAGCAAACCCUCCUCUUCUGGCAACCGCAUUCCACAGCCAGAGACUCCAAACACCUCCUUCAAAUACUCCAAACCAGUAGAACCCAGUGUAGAGGUCUCUGCAAGCCAAAAGCACGAAGAUGAUUGGCUAUCAGGGGCAUUGAGCAGGAAGAAGACUCAAUCAUCCACACGGUCAGAGGAAAAGAGGACAACCCAGGAAGACUUUAUGGGGUUUGGAGACGAGGUGGAUCUGGAGUCGUUUCUCAGUAAACGUGGUUCUUCACCAGCUUCCAGGAGGAAAGAUGCAUCCACCCCCAACAAGGAACCAGGAGAUUCUCCUCUGCCCAGGGAGCCCUCCCACAGACAGCCCAGCCCUACUGCUCAUUCUACCCCAGUGAGAGAGGACCAGUUCAGGCCUGUGCCACAGCAAAGCCAGAUGCAGAACACUACACCUGUUGUCCAACCACAGGUGUCCCUUUCAGCCAACAGUUUGCAACAACUCUUGCUACAACAGCAGUUGGAGUCCCAGCUGCUGGGGUUAAGGGGAGCUGUGGAUGUAGCUGGGCUGCAGAGACAGAAGAGAGACACUGAGAAGCAGAAUGGACAUCUAGCUUUACAGGCCCGCAUCAUCAAACUGGAGGGACAGGUGAGAUCUCUACAGCAGGAGCUAGACCAGAACCAGAUCUUGCUGGAGAGUGUUCAGCAGAGACACAAGCAGGACACUGAGCUCAUGGAGAACACACACAGGGCUCGUGUGAAGCUGCUUGACGAUUCCGCGGCACAGCGAGAAGCACGGGCACGACAGGAAUGCGAGGACCUAGCAGAGCGCCUAGCCACCGUCACACGUAUAGCUGAACAGGAGCGUAUGGAGCUGCAGGCAAAGCACCAGCGCAGACUGGCCCAAACCCAGCAGGACAGAGACCGAGAGGUGGAGCGACUCAGAGACCUACAGAGGAAGUCUAUUUUGGAGAUGAAGAAAGACCACGAGGAUCAGGUCCAAAGACUGAAGAGAUUGAAGGAUGAGGAGAUUGAUGCUGUGACCAGUGCCACAUCACAAACCAGGUCCCUGACAGUGGUGAUUGAGCAGAUGGAGCAUUUCUCCCACAGGCUGGGGGACCUUUCAUCUCGGGUGGAGAGCACCCAUGAGAACACAGCCCAGGGGCUGGAGCAGGGGGCACGGCAGAGAGACGAACAGCUCCGAGUGAUGCAGGACCGUCUGGGCCAGCAGCAGAGGGCCAUGGCAGAGGAGAGAACAAGGCUCAAAGAAGUCAUCACCAAGAUGGACACCCAGCUGGCUGAGCAGCAGAGGCAACUAGAGAAGGAGCGCUGGAGAGUGAAUGCAGAGCAGGCUAAGGCCGACUCAUCUCAGAGAGGCCUGGACGAGGAGAGACGCUCUCUAACUCAGCACAUCAGCAUGGAGAGAGAGGAGCUGGAGAGGGCAAAAAGCGCCCUGUUGGAGGAGCAGCAGCAGGUAAUGCAGCGCUGUGCAGAGGAGAGAAGGAAGCUGGCGGCUGAGUGGACCCAGUUCCACACCCAGGAGAAGCAGAGGCAGGACCGAGCAGAGCGGGAGGCCAGCCGGGCGCUGGAGAGGGAUGCCCACAGAGAGGGCUCCAUCAUCAGCAUGGCGCAGGAACAGAUGGACCUGAAGCUGCAUGCUGGGGAGCUAAAGCAGCAUGAGGCAGCUGUAGCACGGGAGAGGGAGGCUCUGGAGAGACAGAGGGAGGAACUGGACAGGGAAAAGGAGAGGCUGAGUGGUACAGGCCUGCAGCUGAAGACACGCGCCCAGGAGGUAGAGGCCUUCUGCAAGCUGGCAUCAGAAAAAUAUAGCGAGGGGGAGAAGGCCCUACAGGAGUCAAGACAGGUGGAAACUGAGCACCAGACCAGGCUGAGGAGCAUCCACUCACAGAUGGAGAGACUGAGACAGCAGGAACAGCACCUCCACCAGGAGAGAAUGAAGAUGACUGAGCAGCGUAGAGAGAUGGAGGCACUCAAGCACAGCCUUCCAAUCACUCCUUUCCCUCAAUCUAUGGCCCCUAUAUUCACAGACAUCAGACCAGUGUUGGCAGUACCUCAGAUGGCCUCCACCAAGGCUGUUCGCCAGCCCCCACCCCUGGUCUCUAGUCCGGAUUCAACAGAGCUCCAGGCCAGAUUGGCCCUGCUCAGGCACACAGCAGAGAAGGAUCGUGACUUUCUGCAGGACGAGCAGUUCUUCCUGGACACACUCAAGAAAGCACCUUACAAUUCAGCCUUUCACACUGAUUAACUGUGGGGCUUAAAGCCCUGUGACUUUCUGGUAUUAAGUAC